AUGGAUGAGCAGUCGUGGCUAUCGGGCCUCGGUUCGUCAUGGCUCGACUGCCUUUCCGCCGCCGUGUCUCUCGCCUUCAUUCUUGUUAUCCCUAUGCGACUUUGGGAGCUUCAAGGAGAGCCAGACGUCGUUCGCCGCACCGUCGUCGCACGAAUGAAGCAGUUCAUCACUGUUUUCUGCGCCCUCGCGCAGUUGGCAACCCUCGCCAUGGUGGUUCUAGCGUCUCCCCGUGACCCCCAAGUCACGACGAUAUAUUAUUCCGCCGCUGCUUUCAAUUUUAUUUGCGCCGUUGGCAUCGGAAUUCUAUCAUUCUUUGAGCAUAUGCGUUCGAUCAAGCCCUCAGAUACCAUCGUUCUCUUCCUUGUCGCAUCCCUCGUCGUCGACUGGCUACACUUGUGGUUGUCCUUGGCAGACGCCGCUUUGGAGGACCUCGCCAAGCGUGCCACCACUCGGGGGGUGUUCUACGGCUCCCUAUGCAAGCUUACGUUGCUCAUUUCAGAAUCCAGAGGAAAGCAGAACAUCCUUUUGAAGACGGAAAAUACGCUUGCUCCCGAGGAAUCUGCCGGCAUCAUCCAACGAACGUUCCUCUGGUGGGUGAAUCCCAUUCUCCACAGAGGUGCGUCCGGCACCCUGCGAAGCAACGACCUUCAGGUGACGGAUGCCAAACUUUCGUCGAGAAAUGCACGUUACUCGAUCAACAGGCUGUGGGAUGGUCGAGCGAGACCGGAGAACAUGAUGACCUUGCCGCUGGUGUUGCUCAAAUGCCUCGGAAAUGAUUUUUUUUGGGCAGUGCCAAGCCGUGUAUUUCUUAUUCUCUUCCAGUACGGCCCUCCCCUGUUGAUGAAGGAGACUAUACGGUAUCUGUCUCAGCCUUGGGAUGCGCAGCGAUUAUCUACACGCACGACGCGCAUCCUCGCUUUUGCCGUCAUUGUUUACAUCGGUCAAGCGAUCAGCAGUGUUGUAUACCAGCAUCAACAGGACAGGCUUCGCGCCAAGACACGUGGUGCUCUCGUGGGUCUUGUUUACCACAAGACGUUGAGGAGCCGCAGCAAUGGCCACGAUCUCGGAAAAGCAGUCACUCUGAUCAAUACCGACGUAGACAGUCUGGUCACCAUUGCUAGAUUUGCCCACGAUGUUUGGGGCUACGUUCUGGAGCUUGUCAUCGGCAUGUUCAUCCUGGCUUCCCAGGUCGGAUGGCUGUCCCCGGUCCCGCUCGUCAUCAUUCUCUUUUGCUCCCGAGUCAGCAAAUAUGUUGCUCAGAACAUUCGCGGCCGACAGAAGGACUGGAAUGCUGCCACGCAGAAUCGACUGUCCAUGAUUAGCACAUUUCUGGGAUCAAUCAAGACGAUCAAGUCGCUUGGUGUUUCCGGCGCCAUGGCAAAUCUCAUUACCUCCCUCAGGUCGGCUGAGAUAGAAAGCGCCAAGCGCGUGAGAUGGGUAAUGAUUGCAUAUAAUGCGAGUGUUCGCGACACUUACGAUCCGUUAGCAAACGCACUCGGCAUAUUCUCACCGGCAAUCACCAUGAUUCUCUAUGGAAUAGUCUCGCACAGACAUCAUGUUAACAUAGACCCCGAAACGGCCUUUACAACCAUUGCAGUUCUCUUCAUGGUCAUCCAUCCGGCAAAUAUGAUCAUGACCAUUGUUCCCAACAUCGUUGCGUGCUUUGCCAGCUUUGACCGUAUCCAGAGCUAUUUACUGGAGCCUCCUCGCCAUGACCAAAGAAUUGAUACUGUCGAUGACAAUGACGGGGAAAUCAAUCUUGAGAAUGUCUCGGUUCAAGCCGAUAAGACGUCAAGACUAGCACUCGAUGCAGUUUUCCUCAGGCUUGAGCGUUCAAGCAUUGUCGCCUGCACUGGCCCAACCGGAGCAGGAAAAACAAUGCUGGCAAAAGCAAUGCUAGGGGAAGUACACGUCUCGCAGGGUACGGUCAAGUUGAGAUCGCGGCGAAUCGGAUACUGUGAUCAAACUCCUUGGCUACCGAACGGCUCCAUUCGAGAUGUCAUCGUCAACUUUGCGAGCCACGUGGACGAAACCCGAUAUUGGAGCUCUCUCAAUGCCACUUGCCUCGUGCCCGACCUUCGACAACUCCCAAUGGGAGACGGCACUGAGAUUGGAAGCCGCGGGUUGAACCUUUCUGGAGGGCAGCGACAACGAGUGGCCCUCGCUCGCAUGUUAUAUGAUGCGUGUGAUGUAGUCAUCCUCGACGACCCAUUCAGCGCUUUAGAUGGCCAAACCGAAGACCAAGUUAUUCAAAACCUCUUGGGACCGGAAGGCAUAUUUAGAACCAGAAAGACGACCGUGCUUUGGAUCACCAAUGCGACACAUUAUUUUGGAUUGCCCGAUAGCGUAGUCGUGCUCGAAAAGUGCCGCAUCAAGGAACAUGGAAAGUGGAGCGAACUGACUUCAUUCCCUGCAGCAUCUCGCAAGGUAAUGCCUGAAAACUUGAAAGCAUCCAGUGCCAGUGAAACCCAAGCCAUGUUGAUGGAAGCUGGGAAGAAACGAGCCAAGGAAAUAGACACGCGGCUUGAUGUCGGCCGAAAGACGGGGAAUGUUCGUAUAUAUAGCUACUACCUCCGAUCCGUCGGCAUGUUCAGUUCCUGCUUCUUGAUGGGCUGCACUGCCACAUACUCCUUUUUCAUUACUUUUCCACACUACUGGCUCAAGCGUUGGACGGAAGCCGAUCCGAAGAUUGAAUGGAUGUAUGCUCUGGGGUACGGACUGCUAGCCUUGUUUGCAUGGAUAGCCACAAACGGGACGAUGUGGUCUACCUACAUGCUCGUCAGCCCUCGGUCAGGCCGUCGUCUUCACUCCAGGUUACUGAGCAACAUCAUAGGAGCACCACUAUCAUUCUUCGCCAUUACAGAUGCUGGAGUUAUUUUGAAUCGUUUUAGCCAAGAUAUUCAGCUCGUUGACAAAGAUUUACCAGCAGCGUUUCAAUCUCUCAGCAAUCAGACUUUCAAGAUCCUCGUGCAGAUUGGUGUACUCCUUGCUGUGCAAAAACUAUUGCUUUGGAGCAUUCCAAUAUGCCUUGUUAUCGUUUACAUCAUCGCCAAAGUAUACCUGCGAAUGUCGCGUCGGGUGCAGAUUGAAGAGCUUGCCUCGAGAUCAGCAGUCGUUUCGCAAAUCACCGAGACUGUCGAAGGAUUAAUUACUAUACGCGCCUUUGGCUGGCAAGGCCACUGUCAAUCAAAUCUCGACGGCGCGCUUGAUGUCUCGCAAGGCCCCUUGUACCUUUUGUCUUGUCUUCGGCGGUGGCUUACCCUUGUGCUGGACCUCAUGCUUGCAGCAAUCUCCAUAGGCAUUAUCGCAUUGGCCUUGUUUGGCAGAGGAGCCACCGACGGUGCCGGGAUAGGUGCUGCACUAAACGUCAUCAUCGUCACGAACGCUACGCUUCUGCGUUUGGUGGAAUCCUGGGCGACUUUUGAGAUCUCACUAGGAGCCAUCGAUCGCCUCAAGACUUUGGAUGAUGAGAUUCAACACGAAGACCAGCCGUGGGAAGACGUCGUUCCCGAUGUAUCCUGGCCACAAAAGGGUGACGUAGUGCUUCAUAAACUCACCGCAUCAUACAACCAAAAAGCCGUUGCACUUUGUAAUAUCUCUCUUGACAUCAAAUCCGGUCAGAAGGUAGUGAUUUGCGGGCGAACAGGGAGUGGAAAGAGCUCCAUACUUCUCUCUUUGCUUCGCCUAAUCGACAUCACCGGCAACGUUAGUGUGGACGGCAUCGACCUAUCCAGCGUAUCCAGAGCUACAAUUCGUGAGCGGUGCUUCAUCACCGUGCCGCAGGAUCCCAUGAUUUUGCCCGACGCUUCGUUACGCAUCAGCCUUGACCCAAGUGGCGAAGCCGACUCCCCGACAUUGAUUGACGCGUUGAAAAAGACUGGCGUUUGGGAGCCCCUGUUCGGUCCGCAACUGGCAAAUCCCGCGGACAUUCUGGAUCGCAAGGUUUCCGAGCUGCCCACCCUGUCAACGGGUCAAACCCAGUUGUUGGGGCUUGCCAGGGCAUUGACCAAGAAGGCCAUAUUGGGAUCCCAGUGUAAGCCAAUUCUUCUACUGGACGAGGCAACAUCUUCGCUCGACACACAGACAGAAUCGUUGAUCCACGACGUGAUCGACAAGGAGUUCUGCCAACAGGGGCACACAGUCAUCGCCGUAUCUCACAGAUUGAGCAUUGUCGCCAGUCAAACGAGGUCGACGGACAUGAUUGUCACCAUGGCCGACGGUGUGAUACAGAAAGUUGAAAGGACAGAUGAAGUAUUGGGGUUGGAUCACCGCCCGACUCCAUCCAUAGAGUCCGGCCUCUGA